GGAAGAAGACGCGAAUUCAGUUUCAGCCCACUCUCUUAUUCUCAUUCUCUUAUAAGGCCAGCAUCGAUACGUGUUGGCAUUUCAACGGUCCUUUGUCACGAGACUCAACAACCAUGAGCUUCCUUGAGAACAACAGUGAUAACAGUCUUGAAUGCAUUAUAGUUGGCCACGAAAAGAAAUUGCUUGCCGAAGGGCUGGAAUUAAGACAUGGGAAGUUGUCGUUGAUUGAAACACAUCAAUGCCAUCCCAAGAAUUGGCCACUUUCGAGAAAGAUCUACGACACAGGGAUCAUGUUUCUACUAGAGCUUGUAACCACAAUGGUUAGCAAUACUGGUUCUCUGUCCGCAUUUGCUGCGCAUGAAGAAUUGAGAAUAAGCAGAGAGCAGGCACUUGCUGCGUUCACAACGACGUACCUUGUAGCCCAAGCGAUUGGCUCGAUCGUCAUUUCUCCUUACACCGAGUGCUACGGAAGAAGAUCGACUUAUAUCGCCUCCGCUACGGUUUUUGCAAUCACUACUGCAGUUGUUGGCUUCUCGCAAGGUUUGGCCCCUAUUUUAUUAGGUCGUUUAAUGUCUGGUCUUGCUUCUGCAGUUCCUACUACGGUGCUUGGUGGAAGCAUAGAGGAUAUUUGGGAUAUCAAAGCUCGCAUUUGGGUCAUAGAUCUUUGGGUUUUGCAUGCGAUCAUUGGCGUUGCCGUGGCCCCCGCUUACGCUGUGGCCAUCGCUUCCUCUCUUGGCUGGAAAGAUCACCUCAACAAGAAUUACGCUCAACUGGCCUUGUCUCUACCGGACGACGACCUCACGCCAUCGCUUGUCGAUUUUGCAAAAAACAGAGUUAAAAAACCUCUCGUGCUCCUUUGCACGCAGCCACUUUUACUUGUUGUCACAGUCAUGUCGGCAAGCGUCUAUGGGUUCGCAUAUCUACUGACAGAGGAGCUUCCACGAAUAUAUGCCACAUUUGGAUUUAACGAGCUUCAGAGUUCAUUUGUAUACAUGGCCUUGUGUGGGGGAGCAGUAUUGGCAUUGAUUAUGAGACUACAAGAUGCUCGAGUAGUUAAGAAGAGAGACCUGCAAAAUCAAGCACUCAUUCCGGAGGAUAAGCUUACAGGAUUUUAUGUCGCGGCUCCUCUUCAAGCGAUCGCAUUCUGGGUCUUCGCAUGGUCUAUCGCACCGCUAGGCUAUCAUCAGACUCCAGCGAUUUCGAUAAUCACAAUCAUUCCGAUCGGAUUUGCACUUAACGAGUUCGAUCAUGUGCUUCUAGGCUACAUUGUAGACAUGUACACCGAAGAUGCUAGCUCUGCAUGUGCGCCUCUUGGAGCACUUCGCGCUAUUCUUAGCGCAGUCAUGCCUCUUGCCGGCCUUAAGAUGUUUGAGCGGCUCGACAACAAUCUUGCAGCGAGCGUUAUCGCGAUCAUAGCAACUGUUUAUUGUGCAUUUGCAGCUGUCUUCUAUUGUUACGGUAUCAAACUCCGGAUGGCAAGUUUACGCAAGAAGAACGCUUUAGGAUGA